AUGCGUGAACACGCGAAGGCACUUGAAUUUUACAAAAAAGCGAAUAAAGUCUGGGAAAUAUUUCUGCCUCCGAAUCAUCCCUCUUUGGCUACUUCCUACAACAACAUCGGUGGAGUGUAUUACAGCAUGGGUGAAUACUCGAAAGCAUUGGAAUUCUACGAAAAAUCACUCAAAGUGAGGGAAACAUCUCUGCCUGCGAAUCAUCCUUCUUUGGCUACUUCCUACAACAACAUCGGUGGAGUGUAUUACAGCGUUGGUGAAUACUCGAAAGCACUUGAAUUUUACGAAAGAGCACUCAGAGUGAGGGAAAUAUUUCUGCCUGCGAAUCAUCCCUCUUUGGCUACUUCCUACAACAACAUCGGUCUGGUGUAUGCCAACAUGGGUGAAUACUCGAAAGCACAGGAAUAUUACGAAAAAUCACUGAAAAUAAAAGAAAAAGCGCUGCCUCCGACUCAUCCCGAUUUGGCUACUUCCUACAACAGCAUAGGUGGAGUGUAUGACAACAUGGGCGAAUACUUGAAAGCACUUUCCUAUCUAGAAACGGCAGUUGGUAUUUUACGAAAUUCACUGCCUUCAACACAUCCACAUAUUAAGACAAUUGUGUCACAUUUCUCGCAAGGAUCCUAUUAUACUCAUUAUGCUAGUCCCGAUCAUCGUCCAGUACAAUGGUAUUUAUGGUCGCUAGGCGCCAGUGAUUCUAAUUUACUUACAGCAUCAUUUAAUAAACCGUCAACUUCACAAGUGGAAGAUGAACAGACGCAACAACCUCGUUCUGCCAUGUUCUUAUUAUGGAAUUUAGUUGUUGAUUUGUUGGAAACACAAGAUCAGUUACAAAAUCAACAGCAGCAAAUUACAGAUUUCUAUGGUAAAACUGGUACAACCUUUCCUAGACUAGCAUGCUUAAUGCAAUUAUAUAUAAAUGCUAUGGAAAUACUUGAACGUGUUAAACAUGUUGUUGUGUUUGCUGAAGGUGACAAUCAGGAUUUGAUCAUCAACGAGGAUUUCGUGAGGAAUGUAGAUAUGAUAAUCAAAAAUAAUUAUUAUAAAUAUGACAAAACAUAUUUACCAUGUACAGAAGUUAGUCCAGAAGUAGUAGAUCCGAUAAUAUUUGUUAAAAUAGAAGCCAUAUUAGCAGCAUGGAGUUGGUAUGAAUGUCAUUUAAAUAUAGCAACAAAACUAUUUACAAUCGAUCAUGAUUUUGCAAAUAAAUCAAUAAUUGUACAUCCAUUGAUUCUAUCGAAACAAAAGACAGUAAAACAAUUAAUAAUGUAUUUAGAUUUCAAUAUUUUUCCAUUAUCAGCAAUAAGUGUGAAACAUCCUAUAACAGAAAAAAUGUAUGUACAAAAAUCUAAGGAUAGACCAGCAUUAGGUGAACAAGCACUUCAAGAAUUAAUGAAGGAUAACUUACUCGAAUUUAAUUAUUUUUUAACUGAUAGUCCCCAGGUCAAUGAUUCCGGAGGACGGAUACUGUAG